AUGGACAUGCUGCCCUUAACACCCAUGCUGGCAGAAGGAAUGUUCGAUACGGCGGGACAUCAUACGGGCUUUUCUUACUGCAACUCACAUCAGACCCCGGGCUACUGGUCGGAAGCACGAGGACUGAGCAACCCCGACUCACGGGACCCCGGUAAAUCAGAGAAACGGGAGAAUGUGACAAAUCCCCGCGGAGGGGAAGAUGCUAAGGGAAAGGAUUCCAUCACAGAAGCCCAAUGUACAGACCAUGACCCUGAGGACAUUGAACAGGACUGUCACGGUGCAGCCGCCGACCUGAAUACACAGAAACAAUCACAAGUCGCCUCCACACUCAACUGGUUAUCGGAUAAUUACGAGCGAGCAGAAGGGGUGUGUUUACCCAGGUGUGUUCUCUACACACACUACCUGGAUUUUUGUAAGAAACAUCAGUUCACCCCUGCUGGAGCGGCUACAUUUGGCAAGAUCAUACGCCAGAGAUUUCCAAAGUUAACAACGCGUCGUUUGGGAACAAGAGGGCAGUCGAAAUACCACUAUUAUGGGAUUGGGAUUAAGGAGACAUCUAUAUAUUAUCAUUCUGUGUACUCCGGAAAGGGACUCACCAGGUUUUCUGGAACGAAAAUUAAAACAGAAGGAUCCAGUAGGAAAUACUCACUGAGUUCGAAAACCGGGACUCUUCUCCCAGAAUUCCCCGAGGCCAACAAUUUAUUUCUGCCCAAGGGCAUGGACAAAGAAAAGUUUGAAACCUUCAUAAUGAUGUAUCGUACUCAUUGUCAGCGCAUUCUGGAUACAGUCAUUAGCGCAAACUUUGAGGAGGUGCAAAACUUCUUGUUACAUUUCUGGCAAGGUAUGCCGGAACACUUGUUGGAGCUAAUGGGGGCCAGUCUCGUCACAGAUCUGGUGGGCCUCUGUGACUCUGUUCUGUACAAGGUACUGAUAGAUGUGUUAAUACCUUCUACAAUUCAGGACAUACCUGACAGCUUAAGUACGGAGAUCAAAUGCUUUAUCCGCCGUUUACCGAUGUGGAUAGACAACGCUUUAGAAACCAUACCAGAUCCUUUGAGAAUUAAGAAAAUGGAAGUUGUCCGGUGGUUUGUAAAGAUGACACGCAGGCAGAUGGCAUUUGUGCACCUGGCACAGACAGCCCGGUCGGUGCUACUAAAUCAGGAGACUGUAUCACAGAUGAUUGAAGACAUAUCAGCCGUUGACUUCACAGGCUUGUGCUGUCAAGCAGGAUUUACCCAGUUCCAGCAUACCGUCACCCAUCAGAAACUGGUAGUUCAAUAUUUUCAUGAAUUUCGGACACUGCUAAGUAAGCAGGCGUCGGUGGAAUGUUACAGUGAGUGGGUGGAUACGAUGGUGGAUCGCUGUGUACUUAAACCUUGUGAGGAUCGAACCAAAUCUUUCCAGGACAAAGCUGCGGAAUUUUUACUUCAGUGGGCCGUAUACAAUUCUUUUAUUAUGAGGGACCUAACCUUACUCAGCGCAUCAAGUUUUGGUUCCUUCCAUCUGAUACACAUGAUGUUGGACGAGUAUGUGUUCUUGGUGAUGGAGACUCAGCUGCACCAGCUCAAGGAGGCUGAACUGUUACAAGCUGUGCAGCGACAGAUGAAGCAAGCAGGUGAAAUCAACAUGAAAGCCAAGGUGAGACUUCAGCCAAGCAAGCUCCAGAAUUCCCCAAAGUCACGGAAGAGGAAAAUAGAAGAUCAUUUUGAGAGUGACGACGAGGCUGGUUCAGCAUCCCCGGAUGAAAAUCAUGCGCAGGUCUCCGGAAGUAGACCAUGUAUUCAAACCAGCGGAACUGCUUUCUCGCGACCCAUAAUUCCCGGUGAUCGCCAGAGCAUGGCCUCCAGCUUUCCAGAGGACAGCAAUCGCGGAGUGAUGCACCAUAACCACGUAUCUUUUUCUCCAGUAAAACUGGCAAAUCCUUCUUCAAGUGAGAGAGGACACUACUUUCCUUCAUUCGGCCUAAAUUCCUACGAGUUCGUGUCCCCUAACAAUUCCUUCUCUUCAACCCGUGUUCCUGCCCUUGCGGACUCUCAUCAUGUACAUUCUCAGGGAUUCGGGGCUGUGUCAUUCGGUGGCGCAAUGGCGCCUGUUACAGGGCCAUACUGGACUGAAUCCCGCCAGCACCCUUCACUAGGAGAUCCCUAUAAUGCCUACACCUACAAUAAGUUUUCACCGUCGUACGAAAAUUACAACAAGCCAAGCCUUAUUAGGAAUAGUUCGUAUGGAGAUGCCUUGAACCGAUCAGCAUUUGAAUCAUCGAGAGGAUGUUACAGUAGGCCUCACGACAGUUUCCAAGUGAGUACGCCAUUGUCCGUGGGAGGAUACAGUACCAACUUCAUGGACAUUGCGCCCCCAAGCGGCCAGUAUGGGCGACAGGAUCCUGUACUCUUUCAAGACGAAAUAUUUCCAAAUAACAUAGGAGCAAUUUCUGCAUUUAACAAGUCCUAUUUAACUGCUUCCUUCCGGUGA